UGUGCCAGUGAGCUCAGCCAUGUUGCGUCCAGAUUCUCCUCAGAAGUGAGACUUUCCAAAGGACCAAUGACUCUGUUCCCUGUGCCCUUUCAUUUUUUCCUACUCUGUAGCUAUGUCUCGAUCGCGCCAUGCAAGGCCUUCCAGAUUAGUCAGGAGGGAAGAUCUAAACAGAAAGAAAAGCAGCCAACUUAAGAAGCCAUCUAAGGCAACCAACAAAAAUGUGGCAUCAGUCAAGACUGUGAGCCCUGGAAAAUUAAAGCAGUUAAUUCAAGAAAGAGAUGUUAAGAAAAAAAUAGAGUCCAAACCACCUAUGCCAGUCAGAAGCCUUCUGACAAGGGCUGGAGCAGCACGAAUGAAUUUGGAUAGGACCGAGGUUCUUUUUCAGAACCCAGAAUCCUUAACUUGCAAUGGGUUUACAAUGGCUCUCCGAAGCACCUCUCUUAGUAGACGACUCUCCCAACCUCCAGUGAUCAUAGCCAAACCCAAGAAAGUUCCACCUCCGAAGAAUUUAGAAAAGCAACAUGAAUGUGAUUAUAAUGUAGUUACUGACAUGGGAGUAAAACACUCAGAAAAUGAUCCUGUUUCAACUCAAGUCCCCCUAAUUGCUUCUGAUAUAGAGAAUCUAAUUGGUGUACAAAAUGCAUCUUUAUUUAAAGGUGAGAGCCAAGAGACAACCCAGUCUUGGUCCCAGAGGGUGGAGGGUUCCAAAGUAAAUGUCUCCACUCAGAGUGAUCCUGUAGUAGAGAUUGUUUCUGGGUCAUCAGAAGAGACACGUGGUGGUGAAGUACUAUUCUCUAAAGAGACUUUGAAUGAUAUCAACGAUUCCCCUAGAAUGUUCGCUCAGGACACUCUGUGUGCUCCUUUGCUCCAAAGAGCAGCCCUCAAAGUUACUUACAAAGGAAACUCCAGCAUUCAGUUAGAAGAUUUGGGUUCACGAGUAGAAUCUCUUAAGCUGUCUGAUUCUUACCUGGAUCCCAUCAAAAGUGAACGUGAUUGCUACCCCACCUCAAGCUUUAAUAAGGUUGUACCUGAAUUGGACCUUAGAAACUGUUUGUCCAUUGGUGGGUCCAUAUAUCCUACCUCAUUAAUAAAACUCCUCUUGGCGAGCUCAGAACAAGAAACCCUUGGUGCUAAACCGGAUCAUCAAGAGGUACUCAAAGCUACCCCAGAUCAACCAGAAAUUCUUAAUACCACCCCCGUCAUAGGACAGGCUUUUAGUGCUGUCCCACGUCAAUGGGAAGUUCCUGGUGCUAACAAAAUUCAUGGAGAGGCUCUGGAUGAGACCCCAGACCCACCAGAGAUGCCUGGUGCUAUUCCAGUCCAAGGAGAGGUCUUUGGUGCUAUCCUAGACCAACAAAUCCUUGGAAUGGGUGGUGGUACUGCCUCCAACCCACCUAUCUUUCUUCCUGCUCCUCUAAACCCAAUUGCUACCUAUAAUGCUCUCCCAGAAUGGCCUGAGCCCCAGAGCACUGUUUCAUAUGGGCUUGAGGUCCAGGGCGCUGUGCAGAUUUUGCCCUUGGGCUCUGGUCACACUCCUCAGGCAUCAUCAAAUUCAGAGAUAAGUUUGGUACCUCCAAUAAUGACUAUUAGCAAUAUAGAAAAUGAGAAGCAGGUUCAUAUAAGCUUUCUGCCAGCUGACACUCAGGGGGUCCCGUUAGCCCCUGAGCCAGGACUCUUCCAUGCUUCCCAGGGCAUUACCCAACCGUCCCAGGCUGGUACCAGCCCAAUGGAAGGUGGGAGCUCCCAGAUCGGCAUGACCAGUGUGGCUGACACCAAUACCACAGUGGUGUCCAGGCCAGUGUCACUCGCCAGUACCUCUUCUCCUUCAUAUACAACUUUGCUACCUACUUUGGAAAAGAAGAAAAGAAAGCGGUGUGGGGUCUGUGAGCCCUGCCAGCAGAAGACCAAUUGUGGUGAAUGUACUUACUGCAAGAACAGAAAGAACAGCCAUCAAAUCUGUAAGAAAAGGAAAUGUGAGGAGCUGAAAAAGAAACCAUCCAUCAUUGUGCCUUUGGAGGUUAUAAAAGAAAACAAGAGGCCCCAGAGGGAAAAGAAGCCCAAAGUUUUAAAGGCAGAUUUUGUCAACAAACUAGUAAAUGGCCCCAAGUCAGAAUCCAUGGAAUACAGGAGGAGCUAUGGGGGGGAACAGAGAUUGGAAUUAAACCCACCUCCUCUCGAAAAUGUGACUAAAAAUGAAGAAAGUAUGACAGGUAUUGAAGUGGAGAAGUGGACGCAAAACAAGAAAUCACAUUUAACCGAUCAUGUCAAAGGUGAAUUUAAGGCAGUUGUGACGGAGGCUGAAAAAUUAAAAAAUUCUGAAGAUGACAGGAAAAAAGUCCUACUUACUGAUCUAAUUGAGCCUCAGAAAUUGUUUGCACAAACCGUAAGAAAUGGCAUUAAAAAUGUACACUAUUUACCAACCGAAACAAAUGUGUCUUUUAAAAAAUUCAAUAUUGAAGAAUUUGGCAAGGCAUUUGAAAACAACUCCUGUAAAUUCCUGAAAGACACUGCCAACCAUAAUGCCAUGAGUUCUAUUGCCACUAGUGCAAGCUGUGAUCAUCUCAAAGGAAGAAGUAAUGUUUCAGUCUUCCAGAAAUCUGGCUUUAACUGCAAGUCUUUUCCAAAUCCUGCAACUUUCCACUUAAAUAGUCCUACUAGUACACACAAUGAAAGUGAUCAACCCAAAUCUCUAGAAAAUAUACCAAGUAAAGAACCAAAAGAUGGAUCUCCAGUUCAACCAAGUCUUCUAUCCCUAAUGAAAGAUAGGAGACUAACGCUGGAGCAAGUUGUGGCCAUAGAAGCUCUCACCCAACUGUCAGAAGCCCCAUCAGAAAAUUCCUCACCAUCAAAGUCAGAGAAGGAUGAAGAAACAGAACACAGAACAGCGAGUUUGCUUAAUAGCUGUAAAGCUAUCCUCUAUUCUGUACGAAAAGACCUCCAAGACCCAAACUUACAAGGGGUGCCAGAAAGCCUUCAUCACUGUUCAUCUUUGGAAAAGCAGAGUUCAUGCAACACGGUGGUAUUCAAUGGGCAAAACAUUUCCAAGUCACACCACAGCUCAGCUGCUAACCAGACAACUUCAAAAUUGCAGGAGUAUUCAAAAGUCACAAAUUCAGUCCCUCAUUUCAUACCAAAUUCAAAUUCAUCUAAAAUUGACACCAGUAAAAAUGUUGCUCAAGGUAGAAUUAGUCUUGAUAGUUCUAAGAAUUUGCAUCCGUUGCCACCAUCAGGUGAUAAAUUGGGGCAUUGUAACCAGUCACUGGCCAGCAGUAAAAAGAUAGACCUAAAAGACGAUCCAUCGUGUCUGAAUACAAUACACAGCAAAAUAGAGGAGGACGUUGCAACGCAGUUAACACAACUUGCAUCAAUAAUUAAAUUCAAUUACAUAAAACAAGAAGACAAAAAGGUUGAAAGUACACCAACAAGCCUUCUUGCAUAUAAUGUACAGCAAAAGUGUAAUCAGGAGAAAGUCACAAUACAACAGAAACAACCUUCCAGUGUACAAAAUAACCAUAGCUCAUCAUUGACAAAGCAAAAGAACACAACACAGAAAAAGACAAGAGCUACUCCAUCAAGAGAUCGGCGGAAAAAGAAGCCUGUAGUCAUAAGUUGUCAAGAAAAUGACCAGAAAAAACAGGAACAGUUGUCAUAUGAGUAUAGUAAGUUACAUGACAUUUGGAUAGCAUCUAAGUUUCAAAGAUUCGGUCAAUUUGGUCCACAUGAUUUUCCCAUUCUGUUGGGGAAAAUUCCUCCCCUAACCAAAGUAUGGAAACCACUGACUGGAAGGAGUUCAGCGUUAGAACACAAAAAAUUGUUUCCUCCACUCACUCAGAUAAAAUUUGAGCGUUAUUAUCCUGAAUUAGCACAGGAAAGAAACAUGAAGGUUGAACCGUUGGAUUCUCUCCCAUUAUGCCAGUUAAAAACAGAAUCCAGUGGGCAGGCGUUUACAGAAAAAGUUUAUAAUUCUCAGGUACAGCCAACAGUGAAUGUCAAUCAGAAAGCUCACCCUUUACUCCAGCCCUCCUCUCCUGCUAACCAGUGUGCUAACGUAAUGGCUGGCGAUGACCAAACACAGAUCCAGGGGGAUGUUCAAGACCAACUCAUGCAUCAGAAACUGUCAACAUUGCCUGGUAUCUCCCAUGAAACCCCCUUACCAGACCCAGCACAAAUUCUCAGGAAUGUCAAUGUAGUAUGUUCAGGUGGGAUCACGGUGGUUUCGACGAAGAGCGAAGAGGACGUCUGUUCAUCUAGUGUUGGAGCAUCAGAAUUUACCCCAGUAGACAGUGCACAGAAAAGUUUUAAUGAUUAUGCCAUGAACUUCUUUACCAAUCCUACAAAAAACCUGGUGUCCACCACGAAAGAUUCUGAAUUGCCAACCUGCAACUGUCUCGAUCGAGUUAUACAAAAAGACAAAGGCCCAUAUUAUACACACCUUGGGGCAGGACCAAGUGUUGCUGCUGUCAGGGAAAUCAUGGAGAAUAGGUAUGGUCAAAAAGGAAAUGCAGUAAGGAUAGAAAUUGUAGUGUACACAGGAAAAGAAGGAAAAAGCUCUCAUGGGUGUCCAAUUGCUAAGUGGGUUUUAAGAAGAGGCAGCGAUGAAGAGAAAGUUCUUUGCUUGGUCCGGCAACGUACAGGCCAUCACUGUCCAACAGCUGUGAUGGUGGUUCUCAUUAUGGUAUGGGACGGCAUUCCUCUGCCCAUGGCCGACAGAUUGUACACGGAGCUUACGGAAAACCUAAAGUCAUACAAUGGUCAUCCCACAGACAGAAGAUGCACGCUCAAUGAAAAUCGUACCUGUACAUGUCAAGGAAUUGAUCCAGAGACCUGUGGAGCUUCAUUCUCUUUCGGCUGUUCAUGGAGUAUGUAUUUCAAUGGAUGUAAAUUUGGUAGAAGCCCAAGCCCUAGAAGAUUUAGAAUUGAUCCAAGCUCUCCCUUACACAACUACUAUGAAAGAAUUACUAAAGGACGUAAUCCAGAAAGAAGAUAUAUGAAACCGGAACCAAUCUGUCCGGGACACGAGGCCAUGGAGAAAAACCUUGAAGAUAAUUUACAGAGUUUGGCUACACGAUUAGCUCCAAUUUAUAAGCAGUAUGCUCCUGUUGCUUAUCAAAACCAGGUAGAAUACGAACAUGUGGCCCGAGAAUGUCGUCUUGGUAGCAAAGAAGGGCGUCCUUUCUCUGGAGUCACCGCUUGCCUCGACUUCUGUGCCCAUCCUCAUAGGGACAUUCACAACAUGAAUAAUGGAAGCACUGUGGUUUGUACUUUAACAAGAGAGGAUAACCGCUCCUUGGGGGUUAUCCCUCAGGAUGAGCAGCUCCACGUUCUACCGCUCUACAAACUCUCAGACACAGAUGAGUUUGGCUCUAGCGAAGGAAUGGAAGCCAAGAUCCAGUCUGGGGCCAUUGAGGUGCUUGCUCCCCGCCGUAAAAAAAGAACACGUUUUACCCAGCCAGUUCCUCGUUCUGGGAAGAAGAGGGCAGCAAUGAUGACAGAAGUUCUCGCACAUAAGAUAAGAGCUGUGGAGAAGAAAUUCAUUCCUCGGAUCAAGCGCAAGAAUCACGGGACAACAAACAGUAGCAAGGCUUCAUCGCUGCCGCUUUUAGGGAAUAAAACCGAAGCCUUGCAACUUGAAAUAAAAAGUGAAACUGAACCCCAUUUUAUCUUCAAAGGUUCGGACAACACUAAAACCUACUCAUUGACCCCAUCCAUUCCUCACCCACUGAAAGAGGCAAACAUACCUCCAGGUUUCUCCUGGUCCCCUAAGACGGCGUCAGCCACCCCAGCUCCUUGUAAGAGUGAUGCGUCCGUUCCCUACGGGUUUUCCGAAAGAAGUAGCAAUCCCCACUGCACGGUGCCUUCUGCGAGACACAGCGGUGCUAAUGCAGCUGCGGGGGAAUGCACUGGAAUUGCACAGCCUGGCGAGGUGGUUUCUCUGCCCAUGCUGCCCGCUCCCGUGGCAGACACCCUGGUUUAUUCUGAGCCGCCCACUGGUCCGUCUGAACAGCCACCUUCCAGUCACCCAAGCCAGCAGCCCCCCUACACCACCUGCCCCCAUGACCUGGCGUCCUCUCUGGUGGAAGACGACGAGCAGCAUUCUGAUGCCGACGAGCCUCUGUCCGACGACGCCCUGUCCGACGACCCCCUGUCCCCCGCGGAGGAGAAGCUGCCCCACAUCGAUGAGUAUUGGUCAGACAGCGAGCACAUCUUCCUGGACGCCAACAUCGGUGGGGUCGCCAUAGCGCCUGCCCACGGCUCGGUUCUGAUCGAGUGUGCGCGGCGGGAGCUUCACGCCACCACGCCCGUCGAGCACCCGAACCGGAACCACCCCACUCGCCUCUCCCUCGUUUUCUACCAGCACAAAAACCUGAAUAAGCCCCAACACGGUUUUGAACUAAACAAAAUUAAGUUUGAGGCGAAAGAAGCUAAGAAUAAGAAAAUGAAGGCCUCAGAGCAGAAAGACCAGGCAGCUAGUGAGGGUCCCGAACUGUCCCCUGAAGUUAAUGAAUUGAACCAAAUUCCUUCUCAUAAAGCGUUAACAUUAACCCAUGACAAUAUUGUCACCGUGUCCCCCUAUGCUCUCACACAUGUUGCAGGACCCUAUAACCAUUGGGUCUGAAGGCUUUUCUCCCCUUCUUAAUGCCUUUGCUAGUGCAGUGUAUUUUUUCAAGGUGCUGUUAAAAGAAAGUCAUGUUGUCGUUUACGUAUCUUCAUCUCACCCAUUUGAAGGCUGAGGUAAAAAAACAAAACAAAAAAACAAAAAUGGGGUGGGUAUUUCUUAACUGUGACUAUAUUUUGACAAUUGGUAGAAGGUGCACAUUUUAAGCAAAAAUAAAAGUUUUAUAGUUUUAAA